AUGGCUAAUAGUAACCACUCAGAAGUGACAGAGUUCAUCCUCCAAGGCUUCUCUGAACACCCCCAACUCUGGAUUCCAUUAUUUGGUUGUUUCCUCUCCUUGUAUAUGGUGGCCCUCACAGGCAAUGUCCUGAUCAUCACAGCCAUCACGUUCAACUCAAGCCUCCACAGCCCCAUGUACUUUUUUUUGUUCAACUUGGCUACCAUGGACAUCAUCUGUACCUCCUCCAUUCUGCCCAAAGUGCUGGAGGGGCUGCUCUCACAGGAGAACACCAUCUCCUAUGGGGGCUGCAUGGCCCAGCUCUACUUCCUUACUUGGUCUGCUUUAUUAGAACUGCUUCUUUUCACAGUCAUGGCUUAUGACCGUUAUGUGGCCAUCUGCCACCCUCUGCAUUACAGCACUAUGAUGAGCAAGACACUCUGCAAUGUGUUGGCAGCUGGUGUGUGGUUGAUCUGUGCCUUCAAUUCCUCCAUAAAUACUGGUCUGAUGACACGACUGUCCUUCUGUGGACCCAAUGUAAUUACUCAUUUCUUCUGUGAGAUCCCUCCUCUCUUGUUACUCUCCUGCACUUCUACCUAUAUUAACAGUGUCAUGACUGUCUUGGCAGAUGCCUUCUACGGUUUUAUAAAUUAUCUUCUGAUUUUAGUGUCCUAUGGUUUCAUUAUCUCUAGCAUCCUGAAAAUUCAGGUAUUAGAGGGAAAGAAGACAGCAUUCUCUACCUGUUCAUCCCAUCUUACUGUGUUGUCUAUGUAUCACACACCUGUUUUCUAUGCCUAUAUAAGUCCUGUUUGUAGCUAUAAUCCAGAGAGGUGUAAACUGGCUGGUGUGCUGUACAGUAUGUUGAGCCCAAUCCUGAAUUGUCUGAUCUAUACCCUAAGGAGCAAGGAGGUCAAAAUGGCCCUUGGGAACCUCUUCCCAUCCUUUAGAAAUUAA